AUGAGACAGAUGGUUCAGGAUGCCGCUAGACAGGCCGCUCAAGAGGCAGUUCAGCAGAUUGCCCAGGAGGCAGCCAGGCAGGCCGCUCAGGUGGCUGCCCGAGUAGCUGCUCAGGAGGUUGCUCGUCAGAUGGCUGCCGUUCAGCAGGGUCCUCAGGUUCAGGUGCAGCAGGGUCCACAGCUUCGGGUUCAGCAAGUUCCACCGGUUCAGGUUCAACAGGAUCAGCAGAUUCCCGCUCAGCAUGAUCAUCAGGAUCCCGUUCAGCAGGUUCCCCUUCCUCAGGAUCUACCGCCACCACCACCGCGACCUCAUGUUUACCCGGUUUAUGACGAGAGGUUCUACAGACUGACGUGUCAGAUGAGGAACAAGGAUAUGGAGCAUUUUAGUGGGACAGUGGAUGCUGUAACUGCACAUGAUUGGAAGUUAGCUUUGCAGCGGAAGCUGGAGAUUAUUGAGAGUCCACCAGAGUUGUCCCUUAGACUGACUAUGCAGUACCUUCAUGGGGAUGCUCUUAUAUGGUGGGAGGGAAUACGAUUGAGUCAUUUUGGGCCAGAGAGGCUCACCUUCGCUGACUUCAUUCGAGAGUUUGAUAGGAAAUACUUUCCAAAGGAAGCUAUGGAUAGGAAGAAAUGCGAGUUCGAGCAUGUAAGCCAGGGAGAGAUUUCUAUCAGAGAGUAUGAGGUUGUGUUCACCCAACUACGCAGAUUUGCUGGAGUGGGCAUUUCAGACGAAGACUUGAUCAGGAAGUUUUUGAGUGGGAUGCGAGUGGAGAUUCGCAACUGGUGUCGUGUAGUCACUUACCACAGAUUGGGAGAUUUGGUAGAGAAAGCUGCCGAGCAGGAGGCAGGUUUGGCAGAGGAGAAGAAACUUGCUAAAGCAGUUCAUGUUAAGUCUGGAAAAGCUCCAGAGUCCCAGAGGAGAGCAGGGGACCAGUCGGGAUUACCGAGAUGUCCUCUUUGCCAUCGCAGUCACAGUGGACAGUGUAUGAGGUGUCUUACUUGCGGUAAGAUGGGACACACUGCAAAGUAUUGUUGGGUUAAGCCAUUGGAUACGCCACCAGUCAGACAGAUUGCAGCACCAGCAGCACCAACAGUGGCGCAAGUUUGCUUUGGCUGUGGUCAGCCAGGUCACAUCGUUAGAGAUUGUCCGAGGAGGGGCAAUGCGGCACUUCCACCACCACCGAAGCGUCUAGCCAUCGUUCCACGUGUGUUUGCGGUUGGAGAUCCUCAGGGAGCUGAGCCGAUGGCAGGAUCGGUUUCGGUUGGAGGUGAGUCAGCUCAUACCUUACUCAACACGGGAGCUUCUCAUAGUUUUGUGAGUCCGCGUUUAGUCCAGUCUUGGUCCUUUCGGGGUGCCUUCAAAUCGAAGGUUAAGCAGAUUCAGACAGCCGGCACAGAGAGAUUGGGAACCGUCGACGUUCAUCACGACGUACCAGUUUUGCUUGGAGGGACUGAUUUACUCGGUGAUUUGACGGAGAUGGAGCUGAAUUACUACGACGUUAUUCUCGGGAUGGAUUGGUUGUCACGACAUCGAGUAGUAUUGGAUUACCCAAGAGCGAGAGUUCAUAUCCCUAGAGCAGAAGGGAAGAUCAUAUUCCAGGGGAUUCAGACGCACCAUGGAAUUUCCAUUGUCUCCAUGUUGCAUGCAGAGGAGUUGUUGGAGAGAUGA